AUGGAGCGGCCAGCAAAACGACUGAGAAUAGGGCUGGCGCCCUACGAUGACAAGGAGGACGACGAGCUAGGACUUGAACCCGAGGAGUUCGAGCAGCUCGAGCUGAGCAAGGAUCCUGGCUAUCAACUCGAACAGGGGCGCGCAAAGGCAGCGUACAAGCUAAAGUCGACCUUUGAACACAUCUUCGAGAAGUACGAGAAGGAUUUUACGGAUGUGGGCGACGAAAUCGACCUCCGAACCGGCGAAAUUGUUGUGGACAAUGGCCAUCUACAGUCCAUGAAGGAUGCUAGGGACGAUGCUGCAAGCCAGGCUGGCCGGACGGAAGAUGCACGUUCAGAGGCCGACUCGAUAGAAGAGGAAGAGAGGAUUCUACACGGGGGCAAGAUAGGUCCAGAUGGCAGCUCCACAGCGCUGGCUGUCCUCGAUGAUGCCUUUCUCCCGAAUGCCUUUCGCUCCGUUCACGCCACCGAGGUCUUUUGCUUCAUUCGCUAUCCCGAGCGACCCUAUCGAGUCUCCUUGGCGAGCCCCGGAGCUCCCUUCUUCCGCUUUCUCUGCUGCGUUUAG